UUCCCGUGCUGUCAACACUCUCCCAGGCGUCCCGUCCUAGCAAGAGAACAGGAGAGGGGAACACUCUUCUCUUAAAAGCGGAAUACGUCAGAGUUUUCGGAACACAGUGUUUACUGGCAGCCCGCGUUCUCAGCUCGCAUUAGUGGAGAAUUCACAGCUGUUGAAGGAGCUGUCUCGAACUACGGGUCUGUUUGGAACACCUAUAUAACUGCAGUGACUUUUGUUUGUAGUUAGAUCUUUGGAUUUGCGGGCGGAGUUUCUUCUCUGAGGCAGGUGACAGCAAAAGACAACGCCGACUACGACAAGCCCGAUUUAGCGAUGGUGGAAACCCAACAAGGUGACGAACGACAGCGCAACAUCCCUCCACCGCCAUCUUGGUUAGACAAGGGCCUGAUUCAACAAGUGCUGCGCAACGGCGGAGAGGAAAACUCGCAGGUCGCCGCUCUUGAUGUGACCCUUCCUAUCCCCUCGGGCGAAAACUACGGCAGCACCAUCUAUCGAGCGAAGGCCACACUCACUAAUGGACAGCAACGUUCCUUCAUUGUGAAGGGGCCCUCUCCAGGAGCGGCGUUGGCCAGCAUGUCAUCCGAAGGCGGCGUGUUCCAGAAGGAAGCCGAGCUAUUGGGAACCCUCAUCCCGCAGAUGCAG